AUGUUCAUGAUCGGCUUACUAGUUAGUUUUGUACUGUUGGUCAACGCUAAAUCAUUUCCUGAUGAUGACGCAGAUGAACAAGACGACACAAUGGCCAUUUCAGAAUUUGAAUUUCUGAAGCCAAUAGUCCGACAAAGUCGUUCGAAAAACAAUGGCAAGUUUGUAUCAAAAAUUGACUUUGAUGUCGUCUGUCGACACUGCGCAGUUCAGCCCUUCUCGUGUCUCAACAACGUUCUGGUCUUCUCUACAACAUCUAUUUUUGUCACACUGUAUAUUAGGAAUGAAGCAGCUUCUUCUAAAUGGCCAAUGAAGCCACUUGACUUGCUAGCUCUGGUAACCAACUAA